AAUGUUGUUUUCACUACAUCCAUCACUUGCUGUUGGUUGCCACAGUGAUUUGGACUUGAAAGCGCCCAUCUUUUCAUGUCUAUUGAUAUUGAUUGUUGAUACAUCACUUGGCUUGUUGAUGUCCUCUUUGAAUCAAUCUCUCUUUCCAUGCGACUCUUCGUCCUCGACUGUUUCUUCAUCUGUGUCUACCACUGUUUUCAACCCAUAUGCUUUUUUAAGCACCCACAUUCAUCACCACUCACCAUAGAAAAAAAACAUGAGUUCUUCGCUACCUCAAGUUGCCAAGAACAAAGCAAUGUGGCUGCAUCCUAAGGUUUUGGGUUUUAAUCCUCCUGAAAGAUGGGGCCACUCUGCUUGCUUCUCCAACGGGCUUAUGUAUGUCUUUGGGGGUUGCUGUGGGGGACUGCAUUUUUGCGAUGUUCUCACAUUGGACCUUAACAAAAUGGUUUGGAGCAAGCUUACUACCACAGGUGAAAAGCCAGGGCCAAGAGAUAGCCAUAGUGCUGUUUUUGUGGGGCAUAAAAUGAUAGUGUUUGGUGGCACAAAUGGCUUCAAGAAGAUGAAUCACAUUCAUGUACUUGAUCUCGUUACCAAAGAGUGGGUUCGACCUGAGUGUAAAGGGACUCCUCCUUCUCCACGUGAAAGCCAUACUGCCACACUUGUUGGUGAUGAAAGAAUAGUGAUAUUUGGUGGUAGUGGAGAAGGUCAUGCUAACUAUUUAAACGAUUUGCAUAUUCUUGAUCUUCGAACCAUGAGUUGGACUUCCCCUGAGUUGAAAGGUGAUUUUCCUGUCCCUAGGGACAGUCAUAGUACCCUUGCAAUUGGGAACAAGCUUAUUGUGUAUGGUGGAGACUCCGGUGAUCAGUAUCAUGGCAACGUUCAUAUGCUUGAUAUGACAACAAUGACUUGGUCUAAAUUGUCUAUUCAAGGUUCUCCACCAGGAGUCAGGGCAGGUCAUGCUGCAGUGAACAUUGGAACAAAGGUCUAUAUCAUUGGAGGAGUUGGAGAUAAACGUUACUAUAAUGACGUUUGGAUCUUUGAUAUCUGCAAUUUUACAUGGACUCAACUUGAUAUAGAUUUUCACCAGCCACAAGGGCGAUUUUCUCAUACAGCUGUUGCUGCUGGCAUGGAUAUUGCAAUAUAUGGCGGGUGUGGUGAAGAUGAACGUCCUCUCAAUGAAUUGUUAGUGUUGCAGCUUGGAGCAGAGCAUCCAAAUGGACGUUACUACAUUCCCAUGUGCAAACCUUUUGGAACUUAUUGGAAUCAAGAAAAGAAGAUUAUCCCAGGAGAAGCAGAUACUCACUCGCAGAAAACUUUACUCGUGAGGAAUAAUGUGGAAACUUUUGGACAAGGAGCUUAUGAGGUUGCAUCAGAAAAAUCGCCACCUUAUCACUUUGAUUCAGAUACUUCACGACAGAAGAGGGGGAGAAUUGCUGCUGCAAAGGUGUGGGAUGUUAAAUCAGAGCAAGAAGAAAACUUUCUUACAUUGUCCCUUCAUUCGUCUCCAUGUCAAUCCGAUCAAGAACAGACACCAAGUCAAAAAGCAAAUACAUUAUUUCCAUCUACUUGCCAACACGACAAUGGCUCAAAUUAUAAGAGAACUUUUAAAACUUCACAAGAUCUUCAUUUCCUACGACAUCAACUAAAACAGGAACAUUGCCUUAAUGUUCAUGAGGGUAGAAAAAGAGCUCAACUUCAGGGUGCAGAGCAGAAAACCAUGGGGCAAGGAUCCAUUCAACACCUGAUUGGUGCUGAAGUUGGGGGGAGAGUUGAUGAACCCUUUGACUCAGUUUCCCUCUCUCCUGCAGCUGUGAAUGGAAGGAUUUUCAGGGGAGUCAUAUUUUCACCCGGAGCAGGAGUUGUCUCAAAAGUGGCCAAUGUCAAACCAAAUUGUUCUCUAACAAGUUCUUUUCCUUCUUCCUCUCAAGCAUUUUUGAACUCUAAUCAUGUGGGUAAUUCAAGGGCUUCCCAACAAGCACCUAUUCGUUUGCGUGCAGAGCCAUGUCAUGGUUCACGGCAAACCCCAGUGGCAUUACCAUUUCCAAUCAUGCGAGGCACUUCAAAUGUUGUUUCCAAAGAGCAUAAAAUCAAUAGUGACCUUCAAGGGGGGUUGGUUUUAACACUUGGAGGACCUGCUAGUGCACAUCCUCAGGUAAAGCAUUGAGGUGGUAAAGAAAAUAAAGGUUUAUGUAAAUUUCGGACAUAAUCCCUACGUACUUGAGUGGUUAUGAAUUUCCUGAAUCAAUCGUUAUCUGUAUAAUAUUUGAUUUUCGCUUUACAGUGUAAUCCUGUCUUCUUCCCUUUGCAUGGGAAGAUUUUUGUUUGAUGAUGAUGCUUAAUAAGAUAAUUUCCUCCCGAUGGGUCAAGUUAUCAAGAUUCUC